GUAAGUAUUCUACCGUUUGUUUAUUCUCUGUUAUUAGCCAAUAUUCCAUCACUGCUCUAACAAAAAUACGGCUGCAUAUUUCUUAUAGAUAAUGUUACGCAGAACCUCAGACGUUUCCCAAUUAGUACGCAUUGAGGAUGGUUUUGGCCGCCCGACGUGCAGUCUGUAAGGCAUGUCAGGGCAUGUCCAGAUUGGAUGAAGUGGAACUGUCUAUCGAUAGCGUGCUAAAGUAUAGGCUCGUGAAAACGAUUUUUAAAAAGUGUGCUUAAGUAUCUUCGUAAAACGUAUGGAUCAAGGAGUUACAUCGCUGUCAUGGAUUGUUCUGAAACCCAGUACUACUUGAAUGGGAACUGCCACCCUUGUCUGCAAUGUGGACCAGGACAAGAGCUGUCAGAGGACUGUGGUUAUGGAAGUGGACGGUCGGCUUAUUGCAUCCCCUGUAAUGUCAAGACUUAUAAAGAGGGUUGGGGUUACCACUUCUGCAGAUUCUGCCAGUCAUGUAAACGCAUAAACAGGCACCAGAAGUCACUGUGCACCUCUAAAAGCAAUGCUGUCUGUGGGGAGUGUUUACAAGGCUUUUACAGUAAGACACGGAUAAAUGGCUUGCAGGAUUUGGAGUGCAUGCCAUGUGGUCCCUCCUCCACCACUGAGCAGCAGUGCAGCCGAAGCAGAGAAGUUGAUGUGGAAAAAGUCUGGAGCCCAGAAGGUCCAGCCCAUAAUGCUGCUGUUACCGCCACAAUUUCUGUAGCCCUGGUUACCAUGGCAAUCCUAGCUGCUGCCUUGUUUAUAUACUUCAGACAUACCUUACUAAAGAAAAUAUUUAAAGGAUGCCUGGCUCCUCAAAGCACAAGUCAGAAUGACAUGGAGUGUGCAGCAUACCGAGUGAACAGGGUCACACUGAACCUGGAGCAGGAAGGCCAAGGCUCAGGUGCAUGUGCUAACUCUACCACCACUGCAGAAACAUUGGCCAGACUGCAGUCCAAAGUGGACAUGAUUGUCCCUCUGGGGUCCAUUGUACUAAGCCCUGACCUUAAAACUCAGGACCACAGAUACCCCCUGGAGACCCAGCCGCUGGUACAGAACUCCACCUGCAGUAACUGCUCAUCUGGGUUUGUCUCUCAGAUAUCCUCUGAGCCGCCCUCAGUCAGUGGGGACGUCCCACUCACAAUGGAGAUCCCUGUGGGUCCAAUAGACAGUGGGGAGUAUGUGGCAGGGUCCUUGUUCCUGCAGAGCAGUGAGGGAUACUGUGCCUCUGAGCUGCUUGCGAGCCCACUCCAUCAGCAUGUCCCAGUGGAGUGCACUGAGCUAGACUUCCACACCACUGCAGCCUCAACACUGGACCUUGACAGUACUACAGACCCAGACUGUAGCUCUGUGAGUCUGGGGAUUACUGAGAUAUCUGAGAUUAGGGACAGCUCCUCCGGAGACAGGUUAGGAGGAAGACAACUGAGGAGGAGUCCAUCUGACUGCCCAGAGGAGCAAACUGACAGCUGUUGGAACAGCCAUCAACAACCCUGCAACAGCAGUCUGGGAGGCAGUAAUGCGAUGGAAACAGUGAGCCUGCUGAAGAAGUGUCUCCGAAUCAUGCAAGGGGUCCGUCUAGGCAGGCUGCCGCAGGCCUUGGUGGAUUCUCUGGCUCUGAAGCUGGACCCAACGUUCCCAGGAGUACAGAACUACCAGCAGGUGGCGCUGAAGAUGGGCAUAUCUCACGAGUUGCUGAAAGACCUGCGCGGGUUUGAACAGGUCUUUCGGUACCUUUCCUCCUGCACUCUGCUGACAGUACCUACUCUGCUCCACACCUUCUAUCUCCUGCAAAGGCUUGACACCCUGCUCCUGCUGUGUGAAUAUGCCCUGCAGUGCUAUGUCACAGGAUGCACAUACUAACUGUUGAUGCUAACAACACAUCUGCCAACACAACCUAGAAGGCUGACAUCAACAGGUUAUAAUAUGAUCAGUAUGCGUACUACUGAACUAGAACCUACCUUGAACAACAUAACUGCUCAAACUCAGAUGUGGAUGUGUAAACAUUUAGGGGUUCACAGCAAAGCUGUAAAACCUAUUGUUAUUAGAUUAUUUGUUUUCCUUGUUUUCCUUAUGGUCAAAUAACGCAAGCAUAGAUUGGUAACUUUUUUCUAAUUUUACACACAGAAACUAGAGACCUGAAUAACUUGGUCAAAAAUAAUGGCACUGAUUGACCUAUAUGUGGCACUGUUAUAAGCAGUCUCACUUAAACCCUCAUAUGCGCCGUCUCGUUUGACCUAGAGGCGUGAAACGUUGUAUCGAGGUGUUGUUCUUCAUACUGAACAAAUUUGCCUCAAGGACCCAUAAGAUCUGUCAGGACAGAUUUUCCUCCAUCUUGUAGAAUUUGGAAAACCUGUGAAAAAUUUCUCAUGAACCAUAGGUAACUUCUUCUCAUGAAAUUUGGUAUGUAGGCGCAUGGUAUGCAUUUAAAAGAAUGUAUCUUCUGACAAACUUUUCAAAUAUGAAUGCAUCAUUUUCAUGGAUAGCUUUUGAUGCAUGACAAAAUAUCUGAAACGGAGUAAAUUAUGUCACAUUAGCAUUCACAUACGUUACAUGUGAAACCAGGUAAAAAAUAACAUUAGAUCUAUUCCGAAUAAAAAAUACAAAUAUAGCUGACCAGGCUCAAUGACAGAAAGGACUCAAGAUUAAUAGGAUAAAAAAAUCAAGCACCCUAUCAUGUAGGAACUAUCUUCCUUCAUGUGGAAUCAGUGAAAGCAUUACCAUGUUUAUCUCUCAAUACCACAAGGACAUCCAUGAUAGCGUUGAUAGGCCACUAUGUAGUGGAUUUACAGUGGUUUAAAUGGACACGUAAAAUCAGAUUUUUGAUUUGUCAAUAACUCAGCCAUCUUUCGACCAAUUCGUUAGCUGAAACUAAGUUAAGACAUGCACCAUGGGUCUACAUUCCAAAGUUGGUGUCAUUUGGUCCUAUGGUUCAUGAGAUUUAGAUUUCAAAUAUGAAUCUACUGGUAUAGUGCGGCCAUCUUUAAACCAACAAUAUUUUCUCAAAUGCUUUGUGGACUACUGUCCAAAGACAACAUUUGGAGUGAAUCUGACUUUUAGUCCAUGAGAAGAUUUUUAAAAAUUAUUUUAAGUUUAGCGUUACAUAGUCAAAAAAGGUCAUUGUUAACAGUGUCCAUAUUUUUAAGAUAUCAAUUCCAAGUGUAGCAUGGUUCAUUGUGGUAAUGUAUUUGAUUAUUCUAAAAAGAUUCAAGUGGAUAGGCCAUUGUGGGGUGGAUUUACAAAGGAUUUAAAUGGACACGUAAAAUGGGAUUUCCUGAUUUAACAAUAACUCAGCCAUCUCUUAACCAAUCGCUUAGCUUUUCUCAAACUAAGUUAUGAAAUGUACUGUACAAACUAUGUUAAUGGCUGUACUGAAUGAAUGAAGAAAAUGUAUUUCAUUUUGUAUUAGUAUUACUUUUUAUACAUGUUUUGGACUUUUGUAAACAAAACUAAAAUUACAUUCCUAUUCAUGGAAAUUAUGUUGUGAUGUAAUUUGUUAUAAACCUUACUUAAUGAAGAAGUAUAUAGUCAUAGACAAAUUUGAACAGAAAACAUGGCCAGUUGCUGUAUUUCUGCAACACAUAAUUGAAAAGCAGACUUAAAAUUAAGAUUUGCAGAACUAAUACCACACUACUGAUAUUUCUACUAAGCUACCCUUUAGCAAGGAUUUUACAUUGUGUAACAACACAAAUUAUUUUGUUAUGAAAUUAAACUUGAGUUUUUCUCAGCAUUGUUCAUUUACAUUUCCAAACAAGUACAGCAUAGAAUCACAAGAAAUAUCCACGAAGACAUCACAAUCCACAGUCAAAAAUAAGAAAAAGUACAAUAAUUAUACAUCUGUAGGAGACUGGAUAUUAUUACUUUUAUAUUGUAUGGUCAAAUUAAGCAAUUUGACUGUUUUACAGUCAUAAACAAGCUGAUGGAGCCCUCUGAUGUUCUCUAUGUGUAUUACAGUAGAUAUCAUGAUUUCAGUGACAUCAAUGAGACAACCAAUUUGUAUUAGCUACCAAAAUCAUAAUGUAUUGUUUACAACCAUACCAAUAUCAAUUGCUUAUACCGUUUUUUUUGUGUGGUAAAACUGUAAACUGUUACAAAGCUGACUUCUCAGAAAGACCAUCUAAUUUGAGAUUGACAAACAUGCCAUAUGUAAAAUAAAAUGUGUCUUAUUUUGUGAUAUGA